ACGCUUUGAUUAGAAGUGUACAUAAAGCCAAACCCCGUUACUGAUAAGUUACAUAUACUGCAGACCGCGACUAGGUGUGGAUGAACCUACUUUGUUGUAUCCACUCUGUCCAAAUUUAAAAUUCGAUCCAUGAGGCAAAUGAUAUCUCUAGAUAAUACUUAAUCGUGAUUCGCAGGUGAACGAGGUUGGAUAAUCAAACAAGUUGGUUGAAAUGAGUCAUACUCGGAUAUUACAUCAACUUUAAAAUUACCAAAAAAAACAUGGGCUACUUCGACUACGUUCUGCCGGCCAUUUUCGUCUCGCUUGGAAUCGCCCUGUUCCUCUUCAUUUUAUUCGGUGGCAUCAGGUGCUGCAAACGAAAACGCAACCGAGACCCGGACUCGGAGGAAACAUCCUCAAUCAGCCAGCAGCAGCAGAACGAUCAGGAAGUUGAGCUAACUCAAAUCAUCAUUCCACUGCGGGCCAACAGACCAAACCGGCCGGAACUGGCCACCGUGCUGGAAGAGGAACGACCCGAGUCGGUGCUGCAGAUUAGGGAGCCGGUUUCGCCGGGGACGCCACCGCCUAGGUUUACGAGCGUCGUAGCAGAUCCACCCAGCUACGAGCAGGUCGUGACUGCUGCGCAGAAUAAUGCUAGUGUUGAAAGUAGCGUGAAUGGACGGUAGGCGGGUAGUGUAAAGUUUAAGUGUUGAGUUAUAUUCUGUUAAAAAGUCACAUUUUAACAUUAAAUAUUUACAAAUGUGUAGUGACUUAAUCAAAGUGCUUGAUAAAAAUACUUGAUCCUCAGAAUGUGAGCAUUUAUAACAAAGACUAAAUAUUUUACUAAUAAAUAAAUAAAUAAUCAGAUAAAUAACUUGUGGUGAAGAUACUUCCAG